AAUGUAUUGGAUUUGCCUACUGUCUAUUGUGCUUCCAUUGGUGAGGAGCUCCCUGUACUCUGAUGACAUACUAGACUCAGAAUGGAAACUGUGGAAGAAGACCCAUGGCAAGCAGUAUAACAGCCAACUGGAUGAGACGAAGAGACGGCAGGUAUGGGAGAAGAAUCUGAAGCUGAUCACCACCCAUAACAUAGAAUACUCCCAGGGAAGGCACACGUAUGAUCUGGCUAUGAACCACCUUGGAGACAUGACCAGUGAAGAAGUAGUUCAGACUAUGACUGGACUAAGAGUUCCAUCCAAUCAGCAGUCUAACAAUACUUACGAGCCUGACUGGAAAGCCCGGAUCCCAAAAUACAUUGACUACAGAAAGAAGGGUUACGUGACUCCAGUACAAAAUCAGGGUGCCUGUGGGUCAUGUUGGGCAUUUAGCUCAGUGGGAGCAUUGGAGGGCCAGCUCAUGAAGAACACUGGAAACCUGGUCUCCCUCAGUCCCCAGAACCUCGUGGACUGUGAUACAGAUAACUAUGGCUGUCAGGGUGGAUACAUGACCAAUGCUUUUGGCUAUGUUAGGGAUAACAAUGGCAUAGACUCGGAUUCCAUUUAUCCCUAUAUCGGCCAGGAUGAAGGCUGUCUCUACAAGCCAUCUGGAAGAGCUGCGGGCUGCAAGGGUUUCAAAGAAAUACCCAUAGGAGAUGAGAAGGCCCUAAAAAGAGCUGUUGCACAGGUUGGUCCUGUGUCGGUCAGUAUAGAUGCCAGUCAGCCCUCCUUUCAGUUCUACAGUAAAGGAGUUUAUUAUGACAAAAAUUGUGACCCCGAAGGGAUCAAUCAUGCUAUCCUGGCUGUUGGUUAUGGCAAUCUCAAGGGGGUCAAGCACUGGAUCGUCAAGAAUAGCUGGGGAACACAAUGGGGAAGAAAAGGCUUUGCACUGCUAGCAAGAGACAAGAACAACGCCUGUGGCAUCACCAACCUUGCCAGCUUCCCACUGAUGUGAUGAGUCGAACCGUGUUGCAAGCAAAGGAUCAA